CGGUGGGUGUUAGGUGUUCGCAGUGCACUUUCUUCGUGAAAAUCUGUAAAAAUUCGGUCGCAAACAUCAUCGAAACCACUUGAUGACUUUGCAAAGAGGCAUGCUUCGAUGUCUCGCUAGUGUAGAUAAUGCUUAAAUUACCCAAAGGAUUAAAGAAGAAGAAGAAAGGUAAAAAGUCCAAAAAAGACCAGGAGCUCUUCACCGAGGAAGAACUCGAACAGUACCGCCGGGAGCACCAGCACCAGGCAUCGUCGGCACUCAACUCGGCUGCACCGUCCGACAGCGAAGAUCAACCGGGCGAAAAGUCGGAAAACGACGAGGAAUGGUCUAAGUUUGCGGCACUCACGACUGGCAUCGAUUCAGUGCUCAAGAAGACCCAGGAAGAUCUAGAUCGCAUCAAGGAGAAAUCUUUCUUCCAGAAGAUCCCCACCAAAGUCGAACUCGAAGCAAAGGAACGUGAAGAACAGCUCAAACGCGAACAAGAGGAGAAGGAAAGGACCCAAGCGGCAGCAAAGGAGGCCGAGGAGCAGAAGUCUGCUAACGAGCUCAUCAACGCCGUUGUUGAGCUCUCCGAUUCAGACUCAAACUCUGAGGUCGAGGAGGACAUCUUCGAUACCAACUACAUUGAUGCUAUAGCUUCGGGAGACUUACCGAUCGCUUAUGUUCCAGAGUCACCAGAGCUAGAAGACUUUGAAGGACCAGAUCCGUUUGACACCUCAUACGCUGAGAAGGUCAUCAAAGGACCUGAAGUCUCGAAGCGGGGCAAAAAGAUCGUUAACAUCGGUGCGGCCGUCGAAGUACUUACCGGACGUGUAGAGAACGUUUCUACCAAAGCUUCGACCCGUCGCCCCCGUCGAGGCCCUCAGAAUCUUCUCCUAGAAAGUUUCGACGAAGGACAACCGGACGGAGAGGAGGCAAUCCCCAGUGAGGAAGCUGCCCAGCCUCAGCAGACUAUCUUCUCACUAUUGGACGAUCAAUCUGAGCUUACGAGCGAUGCGCCAAUUGAUCUAACCGUCUCGCUCCACUUAGCGUUUCAAAAGGAAAAGGAAGCCAGGAAGGAGCAGGAACCGGAAGAACCCGCACUUAAUCUAGACGAAUUUGACGAUCUUAGAAAGCGCGAACCAGCGGUUGAAGGGGACAAUUUUGAACUACUUGUAGGUGAGGCUGAUCUAGGAGGUCUCAAGAAGCCAUCCCGACCGCCACCACCUCGUCCAUCCACCGGACCACGCAUCCCACAACUCGUUGGCUUAGUCGACGAAGACGAGUUCGAGCUCGAAGCGGACGAUCCAUUUGAUACCGGAUUCGUUGAACGAGUCCUUCCGGCGACUGCCAAGGAGGACGACGACUUUGAUCCACGAGCUGACGAGGAAGACUUCGACGAGGACGACGACUUUGAUCCACGUGCUGAGGAAGAAGUCACGCCUGUUCCGAUUCGAGUCAAGACUCCAGAUCUCUUCUCCGCGGAAGAUCACGGUUCACUGCAAGUCACCGCUAAUCUAUCGAAGGACCUACUAUCGGGAAGCACCUCUGAUCUUACCCAUAUUGUUCAGACUCCCCUGGAAGUAUUAGCUGCUAGUGCAGAGUCUGCCAGUUACGUCGAUCCGUUCGACACUUCAGCCGUUAGCUCUAGCAUAGCUCCGGGUAAAACCGAACUUAAAUUCCUCGAAGCGGAACUGCUCGCGGACAAACCUAAUCAGCUCAAACACUCGUUGAGUGAUCCAGACUUUGAUCCACGGGCCGAUAGUGUUGAACCACUAAAGCCAGAGGAAGACUUCACUGCUAUUGCUCAGCGAAAAUCUUCACUCAGUUUGCAGAUUAACGGAGCGGCCACGAAGAGCAAGACCGUAAUCUUUGCCGUUCGCACUCCGGAUCUGCUGAAGCUUGACGGAGAUCAAUCUUUGUCCAAGAAACCUUUGACUCCGUACUACAACCGAGAGAGCUCCAUUCCUGAAUCGGUCGAUCCAUUCGAUACUUCGUUUGUGCCGAAUAUCGCACCGACCCAGCUUGAGUUGAGCCUAAUCGAGCAGGAGUUGAACAACGCUACCCUAAAGCAUAGCCUCUCCGAUCCGGAAUUCGAUCCAAGAGCUCUAACACCCAGUGGGGCUCCAGUACCCGUUGCCAAGUCUGAUCUUCUCGGAGUCACCGACGACUACAACCAGAAGGUUUUAACUCCGGCGCACGCAGCGGAACUAGAAGAGGUCGAUCCUUUUGAUACCUCGAUUGCAAUCAACAUCCAACCGGGCCGUACUGAGUUAAAGCUUCUGGAGGACGAACUCAUACCGGUAGUUCCUGUGGUAGCCAGCACCAGUCAAGACAUCCUUUCCGAUUCCCAAGACACUGGUUCCAUCUUUGUGAAGGUUCUCACACCACAACCGAGCAACUCAAUUGACGAGACUGACAUCGAUCCGUUCGAUACAUCGUUCGCGAACGACUUGGGACCAGGCAAGACUGAAAUCAAACUACUAGAGAACGAACUAUUCAAUAGCGGCAACUAG